AAGGGUACUUGGGAGUUGGCAGAGUCCAGGACACCACGGAGCUCUGGCUUGGGGGUUCUCUGUCCAUGGGUGUGCCGUCUGCAUGCGGUUUGUGAGUGCUGUCCCCGGAGCGAGCAGUCAUGGCUCUGAGGAAUGUGCCCUUUCGCUCCGAGGUCCUGGACUGGGACUCCGACAGCCUUGCCGACUAUUUCAGGAAGCUGAACUACAAGGACUGUGAAAAAGCAGUGAAGAAGUACCACAUUGACGGGCCACGGUUCCUGAAUCUGACAGACAAUGACAUCCAGAAGUUCCCCAAGCUCCGGGUGCCGAUUCUCAGUAAGCUGAGUCAAGAAAUCAACAAGAAUGAAGAGAGAAGGAGCUUCUUCACACGCAAACCCCAAGUCCAGAAGUUCAUUGAAGAGCCAGAAAGCCACGAAGAGGACAACGGGGGCUGGUCAUCCUUUGAAGAUGAUGACUAUGAAAGUCCCAAUGAGGACCAGGAUAAGGAGGAGGAUGAUGACUACGAGUCCCCCAAUGAGGAGGCUGAGGCAGCCCUGGAGGAUGAUGCCGAUUAUGAGCCGCCGCCGUCCAACGAUGAGGAGGCCCUGCAGAACAACAUCCUGCCCUCCAAGCCUUUCCCCAACUCCAUGUACAUCGAUCGGCCCCCCACUGGAAAGAGCCCCCAGCAGCCUCCUGUGCCGCCCCAAAGACCAAUGGCCGCUCUCCCUCCCCCACCAGCCAGCAGGAACCACACGCCACUACCCUCCCCGCAGCCCAACCACGAGGAGCACAGCAGAAGCAGAAACCCCAAGACAGCGAAGCUGCCGCCUCCUUCCAUAGACAGAAGCAAGAAACCGCCCCUCGACCGGUCCCUGGCUCCCUUUGACAAAGAGCCCUUCACACUAGGAAAGAAACCUGCAUUUUCUGACAAGCCUUCGGUUGCUGUAGGCAGGUCUCCUGGGGACCAUUUACCCAAGAUACAGAAACUUCCUUUGCCAUCAACCACUGAACGACCUGAAAGAAGCCCCUUGCCAGGGAAGAAGCCACCUGUGCCAAAGCAUGGAUGGGGACUGGACAGACGAGAGACUGAUGAAGAUGACAUGCAUCAAAGGCCUCUGCCCCAGCCAGCACUGGCCCCCAUGAGCUCCAAUACUUUUCCUUCACGAUCCAACAAGCUGAGCCCCAAGCAUUCCCUCCCAUCGCCUCACCCGCCCGGAGCCUUCUCAGAAAGUAGCGGCCAUUUCCUGCAGAGCGCCUCGCUGCCACCAGGCUUCCCUCAAGGGCCCAUCUGUAGACCACCACCCAGAGUCACAUCCGAAGGCCGGAACUUUCCUCUGCCGCUUCCGAACAAACCCCAGCCCCCAGCCCCUGGGAAUGAUGAGGAUUCUUUAGAUGAAGAAUGGUACGUUUCUUAUAUUACCCGACCAGAGGCAGAAGCUGCUCUUAGAAAGAUAAAUCAGGACGGUACUUUUCUGGUGAGAGACAGCUCUAAAAAAACAAUUACCAACCCGUAUGUCCUCAUGGUGUUAUACAAAGAUAAAGUUUACAACAUCCAGAUCCGUUACCAGGAGGAGAGUCACGUUUACUUGUUGGGGACGGGACUCCGAGGGAAAGAGGUAAGGAAUUCCACCACUGUCAAACGUUCCCCAGACCUGGCAUAUGGCAGGCAGAAAGCUGACGUAUGA